AUGGAUUCCCUAUUACCCCCCACUCUGCCAUUCUAUUCCCUAACCAUGCUCUCGACAAUCUCGACUGUAUUUUUCACCAUUUUGCUGUUUACCGGAAUUUAUUGCGAAAAUACGGAAGAGGAGGGCCCGCUGAUUAGCCCGGAAGUUCAACGGCAAUUAGAACUGGAAGCUGCGCCGAAUCCGUUUCUCAACCCGCGCGUCCACGUGACAUUCCCGGGCGCCGGAAAUGUCGACUUGGCCGGCCGGCUUGGACUUCCGUGGUAUACAAAUGACGAGGGGCUGGCCGGAAAAAUCUACGAGCAAGUCCCGCAUUCGGAAUGGCCGGGCACCUAUCGACGCCUGUUUGAAGCUCUUCCGCCCGGCUUCAUCUGGAACGGGCUUGGGCGA